UCGCAGAACAACUUAGUUAACGAGAGCACAUACGUCUAGAACGGUGUAUGGAUAUUAUGAAAACAUAGACCAAGCUAGUUACUGGUUUGUUGCUAGAUCGCUAUAGUGUUGUGUGUUAUAUCAUGGAGGUAUGGUACCAUGUUUGUUACGGUUUGUUUGUAUGAUGAAUGGCAGUUUGCAACGCCGCGGCCUAUUUGAUGAUCGAGCAUUUCACUAACGUUGUCAGCGCCAUGGUUCCGUGUUAUUGGAUUUAAUGUGAAACACUCUACUCAAUACUACUGCUAAAGUGAGUCACAAGUGUCAUACAAUCUGCGCUGAGAAAUCGGUACAAAGUACACGAUCAUGCCAAGUAAACUCGAAUACUAUGUUUUUCCUCGUCUGAAAACUGCCAAGCGGGAGGUGGAUGACGGAUUUAAAUCGUACAAAUCGGGAGCUAGUUUUUCUGGACACCUCCAGGAAGGUAUUAUAAAAGCUGGACAUGGCGUGUUUGUUUGGCCCAACGGUGAUAGGUAUAAAGGGGACUUUGUUGAUAAUGUUAGAACCGGAACGGGAGUUCAGGACUGGGCGGAUGGAUCGAAAUAUGAUGGAAAAUUUGAGAGAGAUAUGAGGCAUGGAGACGGUAAGAUGGAAUGGAUUGAUGGAGAGGGAUAUAAUGGUGGCUAUUUCAAAGAUAAGCGUCAUGGUGUUGGAACAUACACAUGGCCGGAUGGCACAACUUAUACUGGUACAUUUUACUGUGACAAAAAAGAAGGUUAUGGAACAUUUACUUUGUCAACAGGUGAAAGAUUUGAGGGGCUGUACAGAAAUGAUGAAAGAGAUGGGCCAGGCAUACAGACCUACCAAGAUGGUAGUCAAGAUGUUGGCUUGUGGCAUCGAGAAAGAUUAGUCAAACUAUGCAGAGCUACUGAGGAUGCAUUUACAAUGAAGGACCACCCUGAGUUUGACUACAACUCAGAGGAACAUAUUAAACAAAUAUAUGUCACACAGGAACUAAAUAAAAAAAAACCGAACUGCAUUGGAGAUGAAUUUGCAAUCAAUGACUUACGUCAGGAAUUAAAGAAGAUAAAUGAAAUGUCAGACUUUACAAGUUUUCAGCCGAGUUCAGGUGAUAGUAUAGACAUGAACACUUUGACUUAUGAUAAACGUGAAUAUGAUCAAGUAUUCUUUAAUGACAAUUGUGAUGACGAAGAAGAAAAUUGUGUUAUUACAGCUCUCAAUAAUACUCCUAGUUUUAUGAAUAUUCAAACACACAUGUACAAACAUAGAAGACGGCAAUCCAGUAUGAGUUUUGAUGUUCAGAAGCUACUUGUCGGUGAUCGUAGUGGUUUUGCUGUGGAGGGCCCAAUUGAGAUAGCUUCAGAGAAGUUUAUUAAAGCAGCAGGAAAGGGAGACUUGAAAACGGUUUAUAAUUUGUUGACUAAUGGUGAUGUGGAUGUGGACGUUGCUGAUCAGUGUGGAAACACUGCUUUAUUGGCAGCUGCUGUCAAUAUGAAUAAUGAUGUCAUCAACUGUUUAUUGGAUCACGGAGCUGACGUUAAUAAGUUGAAUGAUGAAGGCAUCUCUGCACUAGCGGCCUGUCAUGUCUUCUUCUAUCCAAUCAGCUCGUUUCGACAUAAUACAGCGGAAACAUACCUGAAUAAAGUAGCAGAAGAUAAUGAUGUCACCGAAAUGCCAGAAGAUGACAAGGUUGAUGAUGCUCUAAAAGAGAGUGCUAAAAAAAAAGAAGAAAUAAAAAGUGAUGAAAAAGAAAAUGAAUUAGAUUUACAAUCAGUAGUGGUAGAUGAUACAGAAGUUGAAGAUUUUGAAUCCAACAUCAGCUUGAGAAAUCUUGAAAUUGAAGUAACUGAGCAAUUAUUAGAAAGGACUGCUACCGCUCUGAGUACCAAUAAACGUGUUAUAAGUGCAAGAAUGUCCAUAGAUUUAGGACUUGCACGCACAAUGGCUGUCAACAAAGCUGACCAUGUGAAUAUGGAAAGUACCAUACGUUUAUUAUUACGGCGUGGUGCUGACCCAAAUGCAUCAUGUGUGCCGAUGGCCGUGGUAUUCUUUGCAAUAAAAGCCGCAGAUGUAGAAGCAGUUCAGGUUUUACUGGAAAAAGGAGCUGCUACUACAUUUAGAUUGUCAGAAGAAAAAGGUGGAUUGACUCCAUUGAAUAUUGCCUCUGCUAUUCCCGGUGAUGAAGGUGUACAAAUUACUAAGUUAUUAUUGGAAGCAGGGGCUGAUCCAAAUUCAAGGGCACAAGAAGAAGAUAUUCCAGAGGAUGAUGACAUUUCACCAAGCAGUAUGGGUAUGAGAGUAAAGUCUGGAUUAGAUGACAGUGUCAGUCUGUUAAGUAUGGAAUUAGAAGAGCGUGGUGAUAAUAUUGGUGGUCGUACUGCUCUUCAUAUUGCAUGUCAGAGAGAUGACAAUCAUAAGCUUGCCCAACAAGUGGUUAGAUUACUACUAGAACAUGGGGCUAAUCCCAAUGUACUGUGCAAAGGACAGUCUCCAUUGUCUUUGGCUAUUGGAAGUGGAAAUGAUUUGGCAAUAGAUGAAUUGUUAUGUCAUGGAGCCAAUCCUAGUCUACCAUUAGGUCAUGGUGUUGGUAGUGCUUUGUGUGCCUCAUCCAAUACAGCAUUUGAACAUAGAAGAACACCAGAACAAAGAAUAGCACUGAUUGACAAAUUAAUAGAAGCUGGUGCUAAUAUUCUUGCACCAAUUGCAGUGGGAAGUAAACGAUCACUGGGUACUGCGGUAGAUUAUGCUUAUUGGAUGUUUAACCAGGAUCGUCGUAUAGCUCACAUGCCAUACCAUGCCUUAACGCACUCUGAACGUGAUACAUAUAAUGCAAGAAGAAAACUACUUGCUCAUAUGGGAGAUUUACUGAGAGAAGCGGCUGUAAACAGAGAACAGAGGAGGCUAGAACAAGAGGAAUACGAUGGUAGAAGAAGUACCAGCCCAAGUCCAAAUUUUGUCUAUACUGGAGCUGGAGCUAAAGUACCAGAGAGUGUGAUGAAACCCAAAUCAAGGAAGAGUAGAAGAUUAACUAGUGGUGAGGAUGGUAGAAGAUUAACUAGUGGUGAGGACGGCAAGCAGGUGGUAUUUCACAGCAUAGCUAAAGACAGUCAUGGACAAGAAUAUCCACUACUUGACAGAAAUGAUGAUAUCUAUGUCAGGAAACCAUUGUUCAAAUACUGUUAUGAAUGUGGUCGUUCCAUUGGUGUAAGGCUGUCUGCUUGUACAAGGUGUAAGGAAGUGUAUUAUUGCAGCAAAGCUUGUAAGUUGAAAGCAUGGAAUGCUAGACAUAAAGAAGAAUGUGUUAGAAUUGGUGGUCGAAGUCGAAGUCCCAGUCCAUCUGGUAAAAGUAGAGGAGCGCCUGGACGUAUAGAUAGUCCUACACCAACCACAAACGCCAGUACACAAUCUAAAGUAACAGUUGAUUCCCUAAUGGGUAAUGCUACAGUUUACAGUCUUGGAAGCAAAGCAAAGAAAGGUGUCAACAAAGGAAACGUAGGAGGGAAGCAGGGUGGAAAGGGGUCUGGUGGUCAAUAUAGGGGUGGAAAGGGGCCUGGUGGUCAAUAUAUGGGUGGAAAGGGGCCUGGUGGUCAAUAUAUGGGAUCAAAAUUGGGAGGAAAGGGCCCUGGUGGUCAAUAUAUUGGGACAAGAAAUAAAGGUGGGGAUAAAAAUGUUAAUAAAGGAAUGGAAGAUAACUUGAGUGGUUAUGAUGGUCCUGAAAAUUAUAGUUUCAAUUAAUCUGUGGUCUCAUUUUGACAAUCCACGCAAUCUUUUGCAUAUUUUAUGUAGAAAUGAACAUUCUUUAUUUUUUAAAUUGCAUUCAUAUGUUUUUUGUAUAGUGAAAAAUAUAGUACACUUUUGGAGUGUUUUCAAGUUAAAGGAAGGAAUGUAGAGUGAAUCAAUUACAUUACAUAUAUAGUAUAUAAAAUAAUUAAAUGACUUGUAUUUGAAUAGUGUGAUCAAUUCCGCAAUAUCUAUUUCAGGACUAUAAAUAAUGUACAAUGUAGAUAACUAUAGUAAUACAGGAUAUUUUAGUGAUAUUGGAUCUGUUUUUAUGUAAGUGGUUUUCAAAGAUUACUUGUAUUAUACUAGAACCAUUGUGGUGUAAGAUAGCAAUCAUUGGCAAUAAUAAUACAAUUAUCAUUUCAAUAUAGUGAUUAUACAUAAAUCUGUGUAUUGACAGAAGGCACAUCUCCAUAUUUACUGAAACUGACAUGGCACUUGAUGGAAUAGUUUUUUAAGCAAUAUUGUAGUCAUUAAAAUUCAUUGUGUUUAAUCUGCAACUUUGAUGCAAUAAGUAUUUAGUGAAUACUGACAUUAACCAGAUGGAAUAAAAUAAACUACAAAAACUUCACAGAUGUUUAAAUCAAAAUAAUAUAAUUUCAAGAUAUCCAUGCUACUAUCAACUCAGCAUGCAACAGUUAUUACUUCUCAGAAUAUAGUUUUUUUUUAAAUACUUUUGUGCCAGGCCACAAUUUGCAUGUACUAUUUGCUUGUGCCAGUGUUGACAUAUACAGUUACCAGAGUUAUUUUAUUCCUGAAGUUAUAUUCCUCAUUUCUAUUAUGUACAGUCUUGCAAGAUCCAUCCAUACACUGUACUUUACAGACACACCUUAGACUGGUCCAGUCGUGGCAAUUUUAUUGUUUUAUAAUCUAAUUCCUUUAGAAUGAGUUUGUAGAAUCUUCUGCGUUGACAUGAAAUUACCACGACUGUUCUGUCCUGCCACGCCCUCUAUAGUUUUUGUGGUGAUAAAUAUGCUAAUGAGUAGCAUGACUUGUAAGCUGUCAACCAACAAGAAAGGUUUGGUUUGAUCUGUUCUGAGGAACUACAUGUAUAGGACACACGUGGCCUGACACAUUUUGUGCAAGUGCAUGCCUACUUUCCUCUUUUCCAGGUUCCAUAACGUCACUGCAUAUCAUGAAUAAUUAAUAGCAAUGAAUAAGCUGCAGAAUCAACCAGUUUCAGUAAUUUUGCGUCGGACCAUGAUUUAAGAAAAACAAAUCAGUCUAGUCUAGC